AUGCCUAGGAAGAAAAAUGUUAAGUCGGGGAAAAAGCGUGGCAAAAGAUUGAAGACUUCUAGGAAAAAGACAGUGUUAGAAGCUAAAAUAGACAAAUUUUGUGCAGAUGAGGAAAAGUACAUUGAUUUUUUAAAGCGUUCAAAUUUGUGGAUAAAUUGUCAUGCGGAGCAAUUAAAAAAUCUUCUUCAUUUAACAGCCCACUACUCAGAUUUAAACUUUACAUAUGAUGAUUUUAAAGCUGCUCUGUUAUCAUUGAAGUGUCCAUUUACAAAGUUUGAAAUCGAUGUAAUUACAAGAUUGCUUGAUAAAAAUAAGAAUGGUUUUAUUGACUAUCAGGAUUUAACAUGCAGCUUAACAAAAUUAAGUCUUGAAGAUGGAACUCUAAAAGAAUUAAGUAUUGAAAGAAUAGCGAAAUCAGAUAGAGGGUCGGUUAUUUGCAAGUUUAAUUGUUUAAAUUGUAUAAAUAUCCAUGAAAGUCCAUUGCAUUUUGAGCAGUUGGUUCCAUUGAAUACAUACACUGAAGGUUUGGUUAACAUUAUUCGUCAUAAAACGUUAUUAUGGUUACCGAAGAUUUCAAUAUUUUUAAGUGUGAAUGCCGAGCCUGCAAGUGAGCUACUAUCAGAAUUAAUGCUAAGUGAUUAUGAUAUAAAAAGUGGUGCGAAAUAUGAUGCACCAAAAUUGGAUUUGUUCUACAAACCUACUGGUCAAAUAUUAUCAAAUGAUCAUUAUACUGUCGAAUUAUUAGAUACAGUUGACACUCUACAGUCUGAUCCUGUUUUAUGGUCUAAACUUGUGACAGAAAAUAUCAAAUUUCAAGAAACUUCACCACAUAAUUUUCAACUACUUGCUAAUAUAGAUAGUAGUAUAAAUCCUUUCACAUAA